GGGAUCGGGGAGGGUGGGUGAGUGUUGGCUUGGCUGACCGUCUGCGGUUCUGUCGCGGUGCUGAGAAAUGUUCCUUUUGGAUCGGACCGUGAGCUUUCAUACCUCCCUCCCGCUUUCAAAUGAAGCGUCUCUCUUCACUCUGCCCUCUUGAGUUUUACAGGCAUGAAACGCAUCAAAACGCAUUAAAAAGCACUAAACUUCUGGGUUUGAAUCGGUGGCAGAUUUAAAGUGUGGGGUUAGUUUGGGACUGUUUCCGAUGCGCGGUGCGUCCCGGCAGGACCGCUGGUGCGCGCGCGUGUGUGCGCGCGGCUCUUUGUUGCGCAUGGUGACAUUGGCGAGUGUUUUCGCUGGAGUCGGGCGGCAUCACACCGAGGCUGAGUAAUCUCGUUUGGAUCCAAUAAGUGUGUGUGUGUGUGUGUGUGUGUGUGUGUGUGUGUGAGGGGGAAAGCAAACGGAGAGGGAGCGAGGGAGAGAGAAAGAGAAGGGGGGGCUGGGGGAGGGAGGGUGGAUUGAUCUGAAAUCUUGUUCUGUUUUUUUUUUCUUUCUUUCUUUCUUGGAGUGAUUUCUGCGCUCUGCCGUGCAGCUUCAGAAGACAAACGAGCGGAGAGGAAACAAGCCGCUUUUACGCACCGCGCUCGCAACGGCCGCUUUAUUAGUUUUCCUAUCAAACGGCGUAUCCGGGAAUUUGUGAAUGAACGCUGCUGAGGAAGAGGAGGAGGCGCAGGUUAAGUGGACGCUGCUUCCAGUGCACGGAUCGCCUGCUUUUAUGCGCAAAAAGAGACGCGUUUUCUUCGCCGUUUCUUCGGGCAGACUUUUGCGCUGUUCUGGGGGGAGCUGCAAACUUUCUUCAUUUUAAAAAAUAAAUAAAAAGCUCGGAUUGCAUUCUUUCCCCUUCAAACAUUUUGGAGGUGAUGUCAUCGGCCCGCGUUUUGGCUGCCGUUGCGCUGGAGCUCCAGAACUGAGUCCGGGAAAUCAGGUGCAGGGAGCUGCUGCCGCGGGUGGCCGCGAGCGUGUGCCGCUUUCACUUCCCGCAGCAUCUGCGCUGGACCAACAGCCAUGACCGAGCACGCUCCGCGGUACCCAGAGUCCAGUCUUCACCGCUCCAUCCCCUUCCAGGUGCUCUGCCUCCCGCGGCGCGUCAUUUCGGCUGUAGCGGAUCAGCACUGACAGACGCGUGCGCAUGCACUCUAAGGAAUUAAUCAAGCCUCAUCUGUGGAAGGACAUUUCCAGCAGGAAAAGUUACUUGGGCGCAAACUUUGUUUGUUUUUUUAUGAGCGGAAACGCCGCAUAGGUGUGGGUCGCGUUUGAACUUCGCUUCACCUGUUUCUCAGACUCCGGAGGAUUGAGCUGCGCCCCGCCUCGCCCCGCCCCGCCGUUACCGACCGACCGCGCACCGCAACCAUCCGUGUCGGCUGUGGCGCGCUCACACCCCGCUGACCCCGAGCCGACGGUGAAAACAUGCAGUCCAGCGGGAAAGUCCGCGGACCCUGCAUACAAUCGGAUUAAACCAAGCGGACAGACGAGAAGCCGUGACCCGGAGAGCCGUUUCGCAAGCGCGCACGGAGCCACUCGGACGCGGAGGAAGCGAUGUGGGCCUUUCUCUCCACGGUGGCUGUCUUGUAUAUCCAGAUGAUGCUGGUCAUGUGUAAUCCUCUACAGGUGUUUGGGGUGGACGGGGUGAAUUUCAGCGUGCACGUGGAGAACCAGACGCGCGCACGGGACGCCAUGAGCCGGCGGCAGCACCGCGUCUACCAGCUCUACAGCCGCACCAGCGGGAAACACGUGCAGGUGCUCGGACGCAAAAUCAGCGCCCGCGGAGACGACGGAGAUAAAUAUGCCCAGCUCGUAGUGGAGGCAGACACGUUCGGCAGCCAGGUGCGAAUCCGAGGGAAGGAGACCAACUUUUACCUGUGUAUGAACCGCAAAGGAAAACUCGUAGGCAAGGCCAGCAACCGUGGCGCCGACUGCGUCUUCAUAGAGAAGGUUCUGGAAAACAACUACACCGCGCUAAUGUCUGCGCGCUACACAGGAUGGUACGUGGGCUUCACCAAAAGAGGGCGUCCUCGCCGCGGGCCGCACACGCUUCCCAACCAGCAGGACGUCCACUUCAUGAAGCGCUUCCCGCCUGGAGAACAGCCGGACCUGAUGCCGUUUCGCUUCACUACAGUCAGCAAGCGGAGCAAAAAAGUCCGCGCAGCGCGACCACGCUAACAGCGUGGACAUCCCAAUGCUAACGUUUACAGGAUGAAGCGGGAUUAGAAACUCAAGCAGGACCGUCCCGUCUUCCUUUAACAGACAAUGAGGGUUGCAUGACUUUUUAUUCCACUGGGUUGGAGCUACAACCAUAGUACUAAAUACUAGCUAAUUUCCAGCAGAGCUGUGGUUUUUUUACGACAGCUCUCUCUUCUCUGAUAUGGAGAUGACUAACCAAAGCAGACACAAGCAAAACAGCCGGCCCAGACGCGGGGCGGAGGAUGAAUAACCCAAAACAUGAGCACAGCGGCCUGUGGAUGCAGAGCGGCCUGAGAUUUGGACGUGAUCCCGCUUGAGGGAGAGCAGCAGAUAUACCUGAAACAGACACUGAGAGUGGAGAAACUAAUGACAGAGAGGCCAAAAAUGAAGAUUCAGGGAUGCGGUGCUCACCUCGUGUCAACUGAACUUUCACCAAACAGUUCAUAGUGAAGGUGUCGAUGUAGCUUUUGGAGGAACCAGAAACACUUUGAUAGCGGUUGCUGUAAUACAUUCAUUCAGGCAAGAUGGUCUAUGCAACAGCUUUGUGUGAGGAAAAGACACAAUUUAAGUUAUUUUUUAUAAUAAUAAUAAUAACUAAGAUGAUGAUGAUGAUUAAUAGUAAUAAUAACAAUAAUAAUGAUCAUUCGGUAUGGGUCGUUAUUGAACGAUUCGUCCAUUUUCAACGAAUCUUCAAUAUGACUCAGGAACUACGAGUCCUCUCAGGGAGUGAUUCGUUCAUCCGCGCGCGCGCACAUUUGUGCAGGUGGAAUCGUUCAUUUCAAGUCUUUUGAGUCGUUUAUGGCGGAAAGGCAGUAGCCAAUCAUUUGGUUUAGAGCCAGAAAAAGAAUUCCCUGCUGAAAAAAACAGCUUAAACCAGCCUAGGCUGGUUUAAACCAGUCUUAGCUGGUCAGGCUGG